ACAUGAUUAGAUAGUAAACUUCAAAAAGAGGAAACUUUCCCACAGGAUUUUUUUGUGUGUAUAUUUUUUCCUUAUCAAUCAAAGCACCCCGAACACGAGGAAUGCGUAUUACUCUUUUAUUGACAAAUGCUUUUCCAGAUUAGGACUUCGGCUGGCUAGGAUGUCAAGUAAACAAUCGUAACUAAAGUUUAUGUUUUAUAAAUGGACAUUUGCCAGUUAGUUAGUUAAUUCAAAAGCAAAUACAUCGAAUCGACGGGGAAAAUGCCCCUAAGUAAAAGUGCGGAUCCGCGCACUUUCGUGCUUCUCAAGCCGCUACCCAUCGGUUCCCCAAAGGGUCAGAAGCUGCAGGCACGUAGCACUUCAGUGUAUAGCGCCUUGGAGCCAAGCCGCGAGCAAGUCUUCAAAGACAACUACCAGCGCAGACAGGAUCAGCUCAGCCGCCAGGGCUACUGGGCACCCAACUGGAGACCGUACCAAGGGCUUGGGGACCCCCUGCAUCUCGAGCCCAGGCAGCUCAUCCUGCGCUCACUCGGGCAGGACGACCAGGUGAGAAAUGAAGACCCUUCUCUUCAAAGAGAGCCUUUGGCACAAGAGAGCGCAGCAGCAACAUCUCAGAGGAGUGUGAAGAAUGAGAGCUUAUCAGCCCACCUUUCUUAUCUGAAGAGCAGUGAAGAUGAGAGGCAAACUCUGAGGAAACACUUAUCAAGUACAAGGAAGAUGAUGUCAGCAGUGAAACAAGGCAGAGGAUACUUACAGCUCCUGCAGAACGAAGAGCACAGGAUGGCAAGCGCUCAGAUCUUAAAGAUGCAGCAACUUGCUGAAGAGAAGAGAAAUGAGAUGCGUCCUCCUUCGCGACUGUCGGAUGAUGACUCAGAUUCGCCAGAUAGUCCUGAGAGAUUUUUCAAGACUGAAGUCCCUGCAGGCCGCUCACCAAAGACAUCUGCAACUGUGAACAAGAAUGCAGCCAUGAGACCUUUCACUCCAGUCCACUCAUCCCUGACUUCCCCGCAGCUGUCAGACACCCCGGUUGAGGUGAUCUUCCGUCAGCUGUGUUCUUUAUACUGGCUCUUAGAUGUUCUGACCACAGAAUCCACCGGGGGUAUUGGCCCAGUGUCUUCCUGCUGGGAUAUAAGAGACCCAGGAGGAAGCAGAUUGAUGACGAGACGAACGUUUAAAGAGAAGAACAUCGAACUCAGAUGGGACCACUUUCUAUCCCCGCCCAAAGUAAAAAAAAACUACAGGGCACUGAGGCGGCAGUCUUUGAAGCCCAGGAGGUCAUACUUUCCCAGUUCUUCACGAAUGAGCAUGUCGUCAACCCUUACUGCCAACAUUGGCAGUAUGUCGUCUCUGGUCCUGGGUUCUGAAGACCUGUCCAACCACUUGCUGGAGGAGGUGUGCGAAGCAGAAGAUAGCGAGUCACUGGCCAAUGGAUCCGGGAUCCCCAACCGACAGGACAAGCAGGAGGUGCCGCUCUCUCCUUAUCUCCAGAAGCUUCUAGAAUAUGCACACCAGAGUGCUGAAAAAGAGCUGCAGUGCAACAUGGAGACUGGAAAAAUCAAGUUGGACGGCUAUUUAACAAAUGAUCCUGCUUGUGAAAAAAAUAGAGACAGAAAAGAAGAGGAUACCCCUCAACAGAGGCCUCAGAGCUGCCCAGUAAAUCAAUCAACAGUUACUAGCAAAUUCAUAGAAAGUAAACAGGAGCUGUCGUCAGAGAUGAGGCAAAGAUUCUUACAGUCAAUGAGGGAAGCAUCGUCAGAUCUCAACUCAACCUUGGACAUGAUUUCCAAGAAGCGCCGGGAGAAAUGUGUCCACAUAUUUCAGUCACUGGAUAAGCUGAAAGAUGUCCACCAGGGUAUGGAGAGCAUUAGGGCAUGCAGCAAGGUGGCAGGUUGCAGGGACGAGCAGAAUCAGCUAAUGGAGACAAGCUGGCUUUCUCAUCUGCUAUCCUUGAUUCCUCGCCAAGCACUGGACAAUCACAAUAUCCACAAAAUUUUGGACAAGUUAUCCCGCUUUGGCGACAGGCAGAGCCUAAGAAUUGAGCCACAGCAUUUUGUGAACGUUCUGAGCGCAAUCCGCACAUGGGAGCUGUGCUCUCCAGACCUUUGUGUUGCCAUUGAGAUAGUCCGGGAGCACGUAGUGCAGAUGCCUAAAGAAGAUUAUGAGACCUGGCUGAAGUCAAGAGGGGCUUUGCCCACAAGGCCACAGAGUGCCCCCCAGUAAGAUACCUGCGGACCUUUAAUUUCGACCGGCAGCAUGAAUCCUGAUCCUGGAUGACAGCAUUUAUUCCUUAGUUCUUGUUGGUGGAUUUCCUUAAGCAUGUGA